CUUCCUCUGCUUCUGCGGCACAUACCUGCCCUAUCUUUACCCGCAUCGAGUGCCCUUCCAAUACCGCCCCCAAAUGGCAUCUCCUUCUUUUCGCGCCGACGUCGCUCUCCUAGGCCCGCCCGAGAUCCGCCGCCUGGCUCCUCGUCGCCCCUCCGCAGCGUCAUCGGAGGUGUCGUCCGAUCGCUUCCUCGCCCUCAUGGAUGCGGGAUUCAACGCCGCCGCGCCGCGUCCGCUCAUGGGCCUUACGGAGAACCUCUCCCCCACUUUUCUCUCCUCCGGUGAUCCGUGCCUCGACUUCUUCUUCCAGAUCGUUCCGGGGACUCCGGCGCCGACUGUCGCAGGGCUCCUAGGCUCCGCCUGGGCGAAGGACGCUGCCACCGCUCUCAAGCUAGCAUGCCACCUGCGUGGCGUCCGCGGCACCGGCAAGUCUGACCGCGAGGGUUUUUAUUCAUCGGCGUUGUGGAUGCACCGCCACCAUCCGAAGACUCUCGCGCUCAACCUCCUGCCCAUUUCUGGCUUCGGAUACCUGAAGGACUUGCCGGAGAUCCUCCACCGCCUGGUCGCCGGCGACGAUGUUCGUGAAAAGGCCAAGGCUGCGCGGCCACCACGUGGUCCAAAGCGCCGUGGCUUUGGCCGCCGUAGGUUCCACUUUUCCGGCCGCCACAAGUCCAAGAAGCGCCAAGUGACGAAGAAGCAAGGUACAAAAGAGGAAAGGAUCGCGGCCGAUCUCGCAAAGGGGAAGGUCCUAUCGGCGCAGGCAGCAGAAAUCCGGCGGAGUAAGCGAGCCGAGAUGGCGGCGCGAGCAGUCGAGCGCUACGCUCGCGACCCAGACUAUCGCUUCCUCCACGACCGCGUCGCCGAUGUCUUUGCCGAGCUCCUCUCAGCCGAUCUCCGCAACCUCGGCGAGGGAAAGUUGACGAAGAUCUCCCUCGCCGCCAAAUGGUGCCCUUCGCUCGACUCCUCGUACGAUCUAUCCAUCCUCCUCUGCGAGGCCAUAGCGCGGCGACUCUUUCCUCGGGACUCCCAUCCCGACUACGCUUCGCUCGAGGAGGAGCAUUACGCUUACCGCGUCCGCGAUCGCCUCCGGCGAGAGGCGCUUGUUCCCCUGCGCCGCGCCCUCGAGCUCCCGGAGGUAUACAUGAGCGCCGGCCAGUGGAGCGUUCUCCCUUACAACCGCGUAGCUUCUGUGGCAAUGAAAAACUACAAAGCGAUUUUCACCAAGCACGAUCGCGACCGCUUCGCCCAAUAUCUAUCCGACGUCAAGAAGGGGACGGCCAAAAUCGCCGCCGGGGCGCUCCUUCCCCACGAGAUCCUAGCGGACGCCGGCGACGAGGUCGCGGAGCUGCAAUGGAAGAGGAUGGUCGAAGACCUCGCCAAGAAGGGUAGCCUAAGCAACUGCAUCGCUGUGUGCGACGUCUCCGGCAGCAUGUCCGGUACGCCGAUGGAGGUAUGCAUCGCGCUCGGUCUCCUCAUCUCCGAGCUCAGCGAAGAUCCAUGGAAGGGGCGGGUGAUCACGUUCAGCGAGAGGCCGCAGCUGCACCAGAUCGAGGGCGAUUCUCUGACGGAGAAAACGGCGUUCAUACGUACCAUGGAGUGGGGAAUGAACACAGACUUCCAGAAAGUGUUCGAUAAUAUCCUCGCGGUUGCCGUCGAGGGAAAUCUGCCGCGGGAGGCGAUGGUGCGGCGGGUGUUCGUGUUCAGCGACAUGGAAUUCGACGUGGCGUCGGCGAAUCCUUGGGAAACGGACUACGCGGCGGUGUGCCGGAAGUUCCGGAAGGCAGGGUACGGGGAGUCGGUGCCGGAGGUGGUGUUCUGGAACCUUCGAGACUCGAGGUCGACGCCGGUGCCUUCCUCACAGAAGGGGGUGGCGCUAGUCAGCGGCUUUUCCAAGAAUCUGGUGAAGCUGUUCUUAGAAGGAGACGGGAUUCUCAGCCCGCGGGCAGUGAUGGAGACGGCGAUAGCCGGAAAGGAAUAUCAGAAGCUCAUGAUCUUCGACUGACAUGUUUCCAUCUUCGCAAAUAAGUUUCCAGAAAAAAAAAAUGACAAACUUUGAAAUUGUGAGGCUAUGUUGCGAUAUUUGUUAUAGAGAAUAAUAAUUCAUACCAAAGUAGUAUUUAAGGA